CUCUGCGUCACCACCUGACACCCUAGGAACAUGGCCGCGCUCUUGUUUUCAACGGAGCUGUGAGUAACACCGAGAAAAAAAUAUGGAUAAAGGGAAAAAACGUUUUGAUGUGAACGCGUCUUCGCUUGUGGAUCUUAAAGCCGAACUUUACAGAAAACAAGAAGAGUUUAAGCAUGAGAAAUUAUCAAAGGAUGGCGGAGCUCCACUGCAUUCAAAACAUGUCAAGAAACCCAACCUAUGGAGUACACAGAAUAAAGGUGUUACAAACAGAGCAGAGAAGGACCUGGAAAAGAAAGUUGAAGAGGAAAACACUCUUGACAAAUCAAAGAAGAAGCUUGAAGAAAAAGCAAGGCUUUAUGAACAGAUGCUCAAAGGAGAUCUACCAGAUGAAGAAACAGAAGGUCUUUUUCUAGUGGACUUUACACAGAAGAUUAUUGAUAAUAAAAAGGCGGUACAGGCUUAUUCUGAGAAUGAGGUUUCCUAUCAGAAAAAGGAGGUAGAAAAGGAAGAUGACAUUCCUCCACCCGAGACCCCUGAUGAGGAAUGGGUGGAUUAUGUUGAUUCACUUGGACGAUCAAGACGGUGUAUGAAGAAAGAUUUACCAGAGCUAUUAAAAAUGGAUAAAAACCUACAGGGUAAAAGACAAGAAGAGGAGGUAAAAAAGACACUCUUAUCAGAAGAUAUGAGGAGGGAGAUGCAACGUCAGCAGUGGGAGAAAGAAGAGGAGGAGGCUCUCAAAAGGCCGAUUGGGCCAGUACAUUAUGAAGACAUUCGAGAAGGAGAGGCCCGAGAACUUGGUGUGGGUUAUUUUGCAUUUGCACGUGAUGAAGCUGAUAGAAGCAAACAAAGGCAGACUUUGGACAUGUUGAGAGAUCAGACCUUGGACCAGAGAACCAAGCGAGAAAAAUUAAAAGAAAAACAAAAAAUGAUGAUGAAUGCAAGACUAGAAAAGAUACGACAGAGAAAGAUGAAGAAUUUGAACCCAAAUGGAAAACCGGAGCCACCAGAAGCUGUAGCAGAAGAAAAUAAAGAAAUCAUUGGCCCACAACCUGUACUUCCACCAUCGGAAACGGGUGAAGUGAACUCUGCUCCACAAGAGAAAAAGUCUAAGGUGGAAGUCAUAAUCCAAGAACGAAAAGACACGAAGCCUGGCCUUCCUCAUGUGCGUGAGUGGGACCGUGGCAAAGAAUUUAAUUUUGGUCAGUGGUUUUCUAAACGGAGAGACGAAAGAGACCCAGAGUUUUCACCUCCUUCAGAUUACUUUACAAGCCAGAAAAACUCAAGAAAAACUAGCAAGCCUCUGCAUCCAGUAAAUGAAACAGCGGUGCCAAGUUCUUCAAGGACCUGGCAACCCCAACAAGACCCUGCACCACCAAUUAAAGAGCCACAGACCCUGGAUGAUAUGCUGGCAUAUUACAGGAAUUUGACCUAAACUGAGAUGCACAUCUUGUUGUACUUACAGAAUAAUUAAAAGCAGAACCUCCCAUUUGAAGGCAGAUUGGAGCUGGAAUAGGUCUUUGAACUACUAGCGUUGAAGAACCACCGACCAGACUGUUCAAUUUUAAACAGCUAAAAUAUAUUUGUUUAGAAAAUUCCUUUUAAAUAUACUCUUUGUGUACAUUAUCAAAUCAGCUUAAGGUUAUGAUUUUGCAUAUUUAUUUUACAGCAUACAUGGUAUUGAUUCUUGGAAGCUUUUGUGACUGCCAUGAAUCUAAAGCUGUCCUAUUUUGGUAUCUGGUAAGAAUGAAAUUUGUUUGGGAACCAUAUUGCGGAGGAACUUGAGUUUGAAAAGAACGAGUUGCAAUUUUCGUUGCUAUGAUCUUUGCAGCCACUAGAGGGCACCAUUUGCAUUCAGUUUUAAGGCAGUUUGUCGUCUGGGCAAAAAUCUCGUAAAAAAAAACGUAACAGGAAGUGGAAGACAGCACCUUGUUGUUGGAAAUAUAAAGAUGAUUUUAUCUAA